CGGUUGCCGUGGCGACGGGGGACGCGCCGAAGGAGAGGGAGCGGGAGGAUGGAGCGGCGGGGCCGGUGUCUGUGCGAAAUCUGCACGUGCGGGUGCCACCGAUGCCCUCGUAACCCCACGAGGAUCUAUGAGAACUCAGUUCAACCCUGCCCCACAACCGAAUAUUUGGAAAAAUACCCUCGGCACGGCCCCGUCGCACCUCCGCCGAGUCUCAAACCCAAGCAGGAGAUCCAAGCAAAUCAUGGCAAGAUGGAAGGGAUCACAACUUUUAAGUCUGAUUACCGUCCUUACCCCGUGGAGAGGCGGCCGCCGCGGGAGCAGGGAGAGCACAAGCCCCAGAGGGGAGAGAUGGACCUGGGCACCACCUACCAGAGAGACUACAGUUCCCACAUCAUCCCCCUCGUCACCACGGUCAGGCCGGUGGAGCGGCGUCUACCCAAGGGGGGACAGCUGGACACCAUCCCGACCUACAGAGAUGACUUCCGAGCUUGGGCUAUACCGAAGAGGGACCGCCGUCGACUGGCCCAGGAUUACCACCCCCCAACCGAGAAGUUUGGCAAUCCCACAACGUUCCAGGACGAUUUCUUCCCCAAAGAGUCCCGUCCCAGGCUGAGCUUCAAACCUCCCUGUGGAGCCAAGCCCCGCCAAGUCCCCUUUGCCGGGGUCACCAGUCAUCGGCAGGCAUACGUGGCUCACCAGCUGGAGCCCAGGUGUGUGAGGCCCAAGGAAGCUUACGAGGCCAGCAGCCAGCCCUUCGAGGGGCUCACCACCCAUCGCAAUGACUUCCGGGGUCUCCUCGGGGAGGCCGGGAGGAGCUGCCGGCCGCAGGACACCGGCCUCAGACCCGGUGCCCCCUUUGACGGAAGCACCGAGUCCCGGGAGAGCUUUCAGCCAUGGCCCGUCUCCCUGCCGGCAGCGCGCCAGGUGGCCGACUACGUCUCCCCGGCUGGCCCCAUGGAGCUGAGCACCACGAGCCAGUUGGAUUACACCCACCCCCCACUCCGUCCCGCUGCCCCCCGGAAACCCGUUUUCUGGAGAAGACGAACCCCCCCUCCCUUCCAAGGCAACUCCACCAUGAAAGAAGACUUCCAGGCUUGGGAAAGCUGUAGGCAAGAAAUGAUCAAGAGGCCGCCGGAAAUCUCCAGGGCCUCGGGUAAAUUUGACGGCUCCACCACCUUCGGAUCUCACUUUGUACCUCACGCGCUGGUCCCCACCCUGAGCUGCAAGCCUUCCCCAGCCGCUCUCCGCUGCUCGGUCCCCUUUGAGGCCCACACGGUGUAUCACUCCGAGUACACCCCAAAGAAGCGGGAGAUCUGCCCGGCCGCCUUUGCCUCCCCACCGGGCUACGUCUUCCAAAGUACAGAUUCCCAAGGCCACAGGUUCUUCCGCAAGAUGGCCGUUCCGGCCACGAAGCCGCUCUCACCCUCGCCCGAUAGCCGCGCUCCCCAGGACGUGGCUGUGACGGCCUAG